GAAACCCCUCCCUCUUCAACUCUCUCUCACUCCUCCCCUCCUCUCUCUCUCUCUAAAAAGACAAAACCAAACCCUUGCACAGUCAAGAAUGAGGGGUUUCACUCUUCUCGUUUGGGUCCUUUUGUGUUUUGCCACUUGCCAUUCUUCCUCCCUCUUUAGGGAUGGGCUUCUGGACAAUGGCAAUUUCGAGCUAGCUCCGAAGGCCGCCGACCUCAACGGGACGAUCGUGCGCAGCUCGAAUGCCAUUCCGAAAUGGACAAUCUCCGGCUUCGUCGAAUACAUCAAAGCAGGGCAGAAGCAGGGCGACAUGCUGCUCGUCGUCCCGGAGGGCUAUGCAGCCGUCCGCCUCGGCAACGAGGCGUCGAUAAAGCAAGAUCUUAAUGUAACUAAAGGAAUGUGCUAUGCUUUAACGUUUAGCGCCGCUCGAACUUGCGCGCAAGAGGAGAGUUUGAAUGUAUCCGUGGCUCCCGACUUCGGCAUCCUCCCGAUCCAGACGCUCUACAGCAGCAAUGGCUGGGAUUCGUACUCGUGGGCGUUUUGUGCACUCUCCGCCAUUGCUCGGAUCCUCCUCCACAACCCCGGCACCGAUGAGGAUCCAGCUUGUGGGCCUUUAGUCGACUCCAUUGCCAUCCGGGCUUUGUAUCCUCCUAGACCGACGAGCGCGAAUUUGCUCAAGAACGGGGACUUCGAAGAAGGGCCGUACGUAUUCCCUAACACGAGUUGGGGCGUAUUGAUCCCCCCGAACAUCGAAGACGACCACUCCCCGCUCCCGGCAUGGAUGAUCGAGUCCCUCAAAGCCGUCAAGUACAUCGACUCUGCCCACUUCUCCGUUCCUCGUGGCCAACGUGCGGUCGAGCUCGUCGGGGGCAAAGAGAGCGCAAUCGCUCAAGUGGCCCGGACCAUAAUCGGAAAGACGUACCAAUUGACGUUCGCGGUCGGGGACGCGAGUAACUCUUGCGAGGGGUCGAUGGUCGUGGAAGCGUUUGCGGGUCGAGACACGGUGAAAGUCCCGUAUGAGUCCCGAGGGAAGGGUGGGUACAAACGAGCCGUGCUACGAUUUGUCGCGACCGCGACCCGAACCCGGAUCAUGUUCCUUAGCACGUACUAUCAUACGAGGAGCGACGAUUACGCGUCCCUUUGUGGCCCCGUCGUCGACGAUGUCAAGCUUCUUAGCGUUCGUAAACCAGCUGAGGUCUCGGCCUAACACCCAACUCUGAAUGGAACGCCUUGUUAUUUGUAUACUAAAAAUAUCCAACUAUCGAUCGCGGGGUUUUAUUUAUUUUUAUUAUUUAAGAAAAAAAAAAUUAAUAUAUGUAAUACGUUCACACAGAAUUAUUUGGCCUUUUUAAGUACAUAGGAAGAGGUGUGGUUUGGUUGUCAGGUGAUGUUGUGUUUUACGCUUUGAUCUUAAUCUUAUUAUGCUUUGGGAAAUAAAUUUAUAAAAUGUAUGCUUUCGAAUGUCCAUCAUACAAGAUAUAUGCAUUAAAGAACGUUUUUGAUUUGGUGUCA